UCAUCGCCGCUCUCCAGUCAUCCCGCCCCCCGCUCUGUCUCUCUCACCAGCACUCCCCUUCUCUCUGGCUCAGCUGCUCUCCCUCCCCUCCCCUCUCUUCCCGUGGAUGGUGUAGCUCCCUCUCUCCUUCUCUCUCUCCCUCGCAGUCUGGUGGAGCCGCACACAAGGAUUAGAGGGUUGCUGUGAGUGUCUGCUCAAAGAGAAGAAGCCAGAAGACAGAAAGAGAUAAAAAAAAAAAUCUCCAGGAAAGGAUAGCCUCACUAUUGUGGAUAAGUGAUCUGAUUUACCUUCACACAGGCUCUACCUCUCAUCUCAAGCCUUGCUGAGCCUUCACCUGGGGAGGAAGAACAGAUAAGCCAAGGGGACUAUAUUGCCUGGACCUCCACACGGGGAGCCAUGUGAGCGGCACCCCCCUCCACCCACUUCACACUACAGAAGUCCCCCCACAGUCUACUCUCUGAGCUGGGGAGCACAACCAGGAUUUUUCUACCUCCUUCUCUCCCCUGGAACCUCCACUUUCAGGACUCGCGUGGAGGGACUCUCCAGGCUCGGCGGACCCCCAGCGGGAGACACUCAUCUCUGGGCACUGGUCGGGGGUGUGAGUGCCCCCUGGUCUGGAGGCCAGCCAGCAGCACUCCAGCACCAUGGAUUACCUGUUUGGGAUUGUAGUGCUGCUGUGCGGGGCGGUGCAGCCGGGAAGAGGUGUAGAGCCCAAGCACAACGUACCCAGGCUAAAGCUGUCAUACAAGGAGAUGUUAGAGUCCAGUAACCUCGUCACCUUCAACGGCUUGGCCAACAGCUCGAGCUACGACGCUUUCCUAUUGGACGAGGAGCGAGGGAGACUACUGGUCGGAGCCGAAGACCACAUCUUCUCAUUCGACCUCGUCAACAUCAACAGAGACCACAAAAUGAUCGCGUGGCCCGCCACCCCCUCCAAGAGGGACGAAUGCAAGUGGGCAGGGAAAGACCUCGGGAAGGAGUGUUCUAACUUCAUCCGGGUCCUCCAACCCUACAACCAGACCCACCUGUAUAUCUGUGGCACAGGAGCCUUCCACCCCAUCUGUUCUUUUCUGGAGAUGGGCAAGAGGGCAGAGGACAACAUCUUUCGACUGGCCUCGCAUUUCGAGAAUGGCCGCGGGAAAAGCCCCUACGACCCCAAAAUGCUGUCAGCCUCGCUCCUGAUCGAUGGAGAGCUGUACUCUGGCACAUCUGCUGAUUUCAUGGGAAGGGACUUUGCUAUUUUCCGUACCCUGGGAGAUCAUCAUCCAAUCAGAACGGAGCAGCAUGAUUCAAGAUGGCUGAAUGACCCAAGGUUCGUAGGUGUUCACUUGAUCCCAGAAAGUGACAACCCUGAAGACGACAAGAUCUUCCUAUUUUUUAAAGAGAAUGCCAUGGACGGAGAGCACACUGGCAAGGCUACCAUCGCCAGGAUAGGACAACUGUGUAAGAAUGACAUGGGAGGUCACAGGAGUCUGGUGAACAAGUGGACCACUUUCCUCAAGGCCCGACUAAUGUGUUCAGUGCCCGGGGUCAACGGCAUUGAUACACACUUUGAUGAGCUACAGGACGUGUAUCUUAUGAGCUCCAAGGACCCAAAGAAUCCAGUUAUCUACGCUGUAUUCACCACAUCCAGUAACAUCUUUAAAGGCUCGGCAGUGUGUAUGUACAACAUGGCAGACAUCAGGAGGGUUUUCCUGGGGCCCUAUGCCCACAGAGAUGGACCCAACUACCAGUGGGUGCCUUUCCAAGGGAGGGUGCCCUACCCCCGCCCUGGCACUUGCCCCAGUAAGACAUUCGGAGGAUUCGACUCCACCAAGGACCUCCCUGAUGAUGUCAUCACCUUUGCCAGGGGUCACCCAGCCAUGUACAACCCAGUGCACCCAAUUGGCGGGCGUCCCAUCAUGGUGCGGACGGAUGUGGACUACCAGUUUUCCCAGCUGGUGGUGGACAGAGUGGAGGCUGAGGACGGACAGUAUGACGUCAUGUUCAUCGGGACAGACAUGGGCACGGUGCUGAAGGUGGUGACGAUCCCCAGAGAGAGCUGGCACGACCUGGAGGAGGUGGUGCUGGAGGAGAUGACUGUCUUCAGGGAGCCGACUCCUAUUACUGCGAUGGAGCUGUCCACCAAGCAGCAACAGCUGUACCUUGGCUCGGGCCUGGGCGUAUCGCAGAUGUCUUUACACCGUUGCGAGGUGUAUGGGAAAGCUUGCGCCGAGUGCUGCCUGGCCAGAGACCCUUAUUGCGCCUGGGACGGCGCCGAGUGCUCGAGAUACUUUCCUACCGCCAAGAGGCGAACCAGACGGCAGGAUAUCAGAAACGGAGACCCUCUGUCCCAGUGCUCAGACCUUCAGCAUCAUGACGACGUGGACGGCUUUGGAAGCAGCGUGGAGGACAGGAGCGUGUACGGCGUGGAGAACAGCAGCAUGUUCCUGGAGUGCAGCCCCAAGUCUCAGAGAGCGCUCAUAUACUGGCAGCUGCAGAAGCCCAAUGACGACCGCAAGCACGAGAUCAAGCUAGAUGACAGGGUGCUCCGUACGGACCAGGGCCUGCUCAUACGCAGCCUGACCCAGUCUGACUCAGGAGUCUACCACUGCCAGGCUGUCGAGCACGGCUUCAUCCAGCCCCUACUGCGCCUCAACCUCCAGGUCAUCCCCACCCAGAAACUGGGCGACAUCCUGCCUGGGUUAUCCGGUGCAGGAGGCGGGGCAGGUCACUCUCCCAAGCACAGGCUGUGGUAUCGAGACUUCCUGUCUCUCUUGGACCACCCAGACCUCAACAGCGUGGAGGAGUUUUGCGAUCGAGUUUGGAAGAAGGAGCGCAAACAGAAGAGGGUGAAGACACCCGCUGGGAGCAGUCAGGGUAAACCUGACAGCACUGGCGCUUCCGUCCUCGCGUUACGGCCUAAAGCUUUGCCUCCCAACGCCCAGAGGCAACAAGCCGGUCCGCCGCAGAGCAGGUCAUGGCCCCAGGGUGGAGCUCCAACAGCUGAAGGGCCAGCACGGAGCCAGGCUACCCAGAAAGGUCAACCAAAUAUGGGUACGUUGAGCAGCCAAGCACCUAAGAACAAUCAGAAGACGCAAAAUGGCCAGAAGGGACAGGGCAGUCUGGCUGGCUCUCAGGCCACGGUGGGGUCUCGGGCGAGCAGCCAGCACACGGCCAAGUGGAGACGGAUGCAGGAAAACAAGAAAGGGCGCAACAGGAGGACCCAUGAGCUUCAAAGACCCCCACGUAGCGUUUGAGGAAAAAGCACAGAGAUGCACACAUGCAGUCACACACAAGCACAAACCCAUGCAUCCACACACAUACACACAAAACACAUUCUAUAGAUUGUGUGUCCAACGUAUGAUUCAGUGACCUCGCCAUGACAACAGCAGAACCAUAAACAAACAACACUUUUAGGUAGAAAUCCAUGAGCUGCACUCGACAAUAGAGCUUUCAUUCAGAGACAUACACAUAACCUGUGAAGAGGACAAAGACGAACAGAGGACUGAAAAACUGGAAUGCAUACUGUAAAUGUGUGAGGAUACGGCUGGUUGCCUGGGAUACUGCCUGGCAGACACUUCAACCUCCUGUACAUAAGCUACUAAAAUAAAACUGGGACAAAAACGUUGAGUGAGGUGUUUGCUGGCGAGCAGAUGGACUUAAUGUGCUGAGAGAACAGUCGAUAGAUACACAAACGUUAACGGGGAGCAGAGACGAUGCAACCUGCCGCCCUCUGUGACCUGAGCAUGUGAACUGCAAGAUAGCGGAUUUAAAAAACUCUUAUUUUGAAGAAGCGUUUGAGCAGAAAAGAACCUUCCGUCUCGUCCUUCGAGUGAAGACGGACGACAGCAACCUUCAAAGGAGGAAAGGGAAGG